UCUCUCUCCUCGUGUCGUUUUGCAAAGACUCUCAAGAACCUCUUUCACCCCUUUAACCAAAGCAAACCUAAUUAAUCAAAUUGAUCCCAAAAUGCAGAUUUCUUUGAUUUCUGCUUAACUUAAAAAAAAAUUCUAGAAGUUUCUCACCCUUUAUCAUACCCAUUGAUCCCUUAAUUUUUCUGUGGUGCAAGGUUUGUUUCCUUAAUUCUGUGUUUUAUUUUUUUGGGUUGAAAGAUUAUCUGAGUUAACUGUAUAGGGUAUAGGUGAAUUGGGUUUAGAUUAUUUUUGAUUAAUUUGGCUUAUACUGUGAUUAAUUGAUGAGGAAUAAGAGAAAAGGAUGUGAGAUUUUGUGCCCUAAACAGAGAGAAAAAUGGAAUUCGACCCAUGAUUUGGGAUCUUCGAUAUCUAAUUUAAAAACCCAUUUUUCAUUAGAGGAAUGUUGCACAAGGUUGAAAAAAAGAUGUAAAGAAGAUGCUGAAAAUGGGUUGUUGUGUUGUGAGGUUAUUGUUGGUUCUUGUACUAGUAGAAAAAAUAGGCUUGCUGCAACUGCCCCGCCGAGUGGUAGUUCUUCAAUUAGUUUGUGUGGUAGAGGUUUGAAGAGAAAGAUAGGAUGUAUAGAUGCAGCUACUCAAAUGGGUAGGAAGAAUAAGAUUGAAGAUGAUUAUGUAAUGGGGGAAGCUUUAGGGAAAGGUAAAUUUGGGUCAGUUUUUAUGUGUAGGAGUAAGGUUACCGGGGUUGAAUUCGCGUGUAAGACGUUGCCUAAAGGGGAAGAGACAGUGCAUAAGGAAGUAGAGAUAAUGCAGCAUUUGUCGGGGCAUCCUGGUGUGGUGACAUUGCAUUCGGUGUAUGAGGAUGCGGAAAGUUUUCAUUUGGUUAUGGAGUUGUGCCCUGGUGGGAGGUUGAUUGACGAAAUGACAAAGGAAGGGAGGUAUUCGGAGCAUAAGGCUGCUAAUAUAUUUAAGGAUUUGAUGUUGGUGAUCCAAUAUUGUCAUGAUAUGGGAGUUGUACAUAGGGAUAUUAAGCCCGAGAAUAUCCUUUUAACUGCUUCCGGGAAGAUAAAGCUUGCUGAUUUCGGCUUGGCCAUGAGGAUUGCUAAAGGUCAGAGCUUAAGUGGUUUGGCUGGAAGUCCUGCGUAUGUGGCCCCUGAAGUUCUUAUAGGGGAGUAUGGUCAAAAGGCAGAUAUUUGGAGUGCUGGUGUUCUUUUACAUGCUCUACUAGUUGGUGUUCUUCCGUUUCAAGGGGACUCUUUGGAAGCUCUUUUUGAGGCAAUUAAAAGCAUGGAACUUGAUUUUCACUCUGAAAAAUGGCAAUCUGUGUCUAAACCUGCACGAAAUCUUCUUGAGCGGAUUCUCACAAGGGAUGUUGCUGCAAGGAUAACUACAGAAGAAGUAUUAAGUCAUCCGUGGAUACUAUUUUACACAGAGCGCACUUUGAAAACAGUGUCCGUCAGGUUGAAGCCGAAGCAUCUCUCUGGAACACCGAGCCAAGUACCAGGCAUGACCUCUAGACUAGAAUCAGAUGGAAAGAAAAAGAGAUGUAGUGAAUCUCUCACUGGGGAAUUCGAAGAUUUGCGGUGUGGAAGUUUGAAUAGAGAAUCUGAAGAAUCCGAUGACUCUGGUUUAGUUGAUGUGCUUGCAGCAGCGAUAUUGCAUUGCAGGAUAUCUGAACCAAAAAGAAGCAGAUUGUGUGUUAACAAUAGUCCAAUAAGGGAACAGUGUUCGUCUAACGUGAAUUCUAACCUUUGCAAGGCUUUCUGAUUCCACCCGUAAUCCAUGGACAGGUGUCUUGACAUUAUGAUGCUGAUGCUCCGUUUUCUUAGAGGAGACUGAUUAAUUAUAAGUUACAAGGGUGCAAUUUUCAACUGUACAAAGAAGCUUGGAUGCAGAUUAACUCGAAGGUCUGUCAAAGAUUUAGAUGAAAGUUGAGGCAUUUAUUUACCUGACAGUCAGAAGAAAAGCACUGAUUGCUGUACAGACAUGUAAAUAGUUGAUGGCAGCAUAGAAUAACUAUUGUGAUUACUAUACAAUGAGAAACUAACUGGUUUGACAUCUCAUAUUAUUUGAUUCCCUUGCACUUCAUGACAUACUAAUCAAUUUGAAAUGUUUUGACCUGUGGA